UGAGUUCCGUGGGCCCUCCCGGUUCCGGCGCGAUCGAGGCCCAGGGCGGCGAAGUCUCCGGCACCAUGUCUGGCUCCUCAGGCCCACAAGCUCGGCGUGGCCCUUGUCCGUUCGCGUUGCUGCUGUUACUCCUGCUCGGUCCCAGCUCGGUCCUCACCAUCUCCUUCCACCUGCCCGUUAACUCACGCAAGUGCCUGCGCGAGGAGAUCCACAAGGACCUGCUGGUGACGGGCGCGUACGAGAUCACCGACCAGUCUGGGGGCGCCGGCGGCCUGCGCACCCAUCUCAAGAUCACAGAUUCUGCUGGCCAUAUUCUGUACUCCAAGGAGGAUGCAACCAAGGGAAAAUUUGCCUUUACCACUGAAGAUUAUGACAUGUUUGAAGUGUGUUUUGAGAGCAAGGGAACAGGGCGGAUACCUGACCAACUCGUGAUCCUAGACAUGAAGCAUGGAGUGGAAGCAAAAAAUUACGAAGAGAUUGCAAAAGUUGAGAAGCUCAAACCUUUGGAGGUGGAGCUACGACGCCUAGAGGACCUUUCAGAGUCUAUUGUUAAUGAUUUUGCCUACAUGAAGAAGCGAGAAGAAGAGAUGCGCGAUACCAAUGAGUCCACGAACACUCGGGUCCUGUACUUCAGCAUCUUUUCAAUGUUCUGCCUCAUUGGUCUGGCCACCUGGCAGGUCUUCUACCUGCGUCGCUUCUUCAAGGCCAAGAAGUUGAUUGAGUAAUUAAGCCCAGUCUGCUCCCACCUUGAAUCUUGGCCAGCAGAACAUCGCUGGCAAAAGGCAUCCUACCAACAGCACCAUCAAGGCACCUUGGAGCUUUCUUGCCAGAACUGAUCUCUUUGAUGUGGGAGGACGUGUGUUACCACCUUCACCCAAGAAGUCAAAGAGGGACUUCUUUUUAACCUGGUAGGAUUUGGACUGGUUUUGCAACAAGACUAUUAUUAGAGUCACCUAUGACAAAAAAUAGGGGUUACCUAGAUAAUGCCAAAGCCAGCAUUUGUACUGGGUUUCCUCAUAUGAUCUGUUUGAACCAUGUUUUCUUUCCUUCUCCCACUUGCUCACCAGCUUGGGCUUCCAUUUUACUUGUUUUACCAACAUUUGUAUGACCAUGUUGAACUUGUUUCUCUCUGAUUGUCCUCUUUGGAUUUCUGCGUGACAACACCCUUAACUUUCUCUUGACCCUUAGCCGAAAUGUUUAGUUAGCUUCUGGUGAUACCCUUUCAUAAUUUUAUGUCUCUUGAAAGGGUGAUGGCUGUGACACCUCAUAGAAAUGAGCUUUGAACUGUAGAUAGCUCUUAAAGAAAAUUUCACUUUAGAGAAUUAAAACAUUUGUGCUCAGCUGCUUGAACUUUUCUCUUUUUGUGUAUUUACGUGUGUUUAGUUCCAUGCAGUUUUAUCACAUGUAUGGGUUUGUGUGACCUCCACCACGAGAUGCAGAACCAUUUCAUCACAUGGAUCCCUUGUGGUUCCCUUUUAUAGCUGCAGUCACCUCCUUCUGUAACCCCAAGCCCCAGCCUCUGGCAGCCACUAAGCUGUUCUCCAUCUCUCUAAUUUUGUCAUUUCAAGAAUGUUACAUAAAUGGAAUCAUACGGUAUAUACAUAAAACCUGUUGAGAUGGACUUUUUUCACUCAGCAUAAUGCCCUUGAAAUUUAUCCAAGUUGUUGCAUAUGUCAGUAGUUUGUGUCACUUUAUUGCUUAGUAGUCUUUUGUGGCGUGGGUGUACCAUGGUUUCACCAGUCAGCUAUUGAAGGACAUCAGUGUUGUUUUCAGUUUUGGGCCAUUACUAAUAAAACUGCUGUGAACAUUCAUGUACAGGUUUUUAUGUGAACACAAAUUUCAUUUCUCUGGGAUAAGUGCCCAAAAGAGCAAUUGCUGGGCUGUAUGGUAAACAGACGUUUAUUUUUGUAAGAAACCGUCCUGCUCUUCAUCCAGAGUUACUGUGUCAUUUUACGUUCCCACUAGCAAUGUCCGACCAAUCCAGUUUCUCAACAUCCUCAGUAUUUGCUAUUAUUUUUUUUUAAAGUUUUUUUAGUCAUUCUGAGAGGCAUGUGGUUUUAAUUUGUAUUUUCCUAUUAGCAAAUGAUGUUGAACAUCUUUUCAUGUGUUCAUUUGCUAUUGGUAUAUUUUCCUCAGUGAAAUACCUAUUCUUUUGCCCAUUUUAUGAUUAGAUUGUGUGUUCUUUUCACUACUGAGGUUUUUUUUUUUUUAAUUGAAGUAUAGUUGAUUUAUGCUAUUGAAUUUGAGAAUUGCUUAUAUAUCCUAGAUACAAGUCCUUUGUCAGUUUUGUGGUUGCUUAAAUUUUAACAUAACUUCUACAGAAGAAAAAACAAGUAAAAUUUGCCGAGUAUUCUUACAUGGUAAGUCACUGACUUGAUUAUUUGAUUUGUGUUCUCAUGUGUUCAUGAGGAAAUUAAGAUAUAUGACGUAAACACACCUAGAAGGAUCAUGAAUCGAGUAAAUACUUGAAAAUAUUUGUUGUAAAAGCAAAGCCAAGAAUCGCUUUGGGACAUAUGCCUGCCUAAACGCCAAUACUAAUAUGAAUAAGAGAAAGUGUGGGCACAGAUGACCAUGUUCAUUGACAGUGACAUAUAAUAUCACUUGACAUUUUCCCCACUUCUCCCAGUAAAGUGGGUGGGAGUUUGUCCUUUCUGUAAUCUCUUUUUUUGUUUUUUUAAGUCUUCUGACUCUUACAGGGCUUGUCCCAUUGCAGUGACAAGAAUUAUAGGAGUUAGGGCUGUGCAGCUUGCAGUUAAGAAGCAGCAUAUUAGAAUUAACAGAACACUGUUGUGAUGACCUGGAUAAAGUACCAAGGGGGAAGGGGGGCAAAUUAUGUUGCUAAAAUCUCAGCCUGUUCUGUUAAUGUUCCAGCUACUGUAAACACAAAAGGCUUUUCACCGUCUUUUGACCCCUCGUAUGAAUUCUUCUUGGACUUCCCAGAUGGCUCAGUGGUAUAGAAUACACCUACUAAUGCAGGAGAUAUGGGUUCUGUCCCUGGGUCAGGGAGAUCCCUUGGAGAAGGAAAUGGCAACCCACUCCAGUGUUCUUGCCUAGGAAAUCCCAUGGAUAAAGUCUGAGCCUGGUGGGUGACAGUCCAUGGAGUCGCUAAGAGUUGGACAUGACUUAGCAACUGAGCACACACUCGAAUUCCUCCUAUGUGGCAUGAAAGUGGUUCUUCCAUCAGUUUGUGUAACGCUGCCAUCUGCUGUUGAAAAAUAGGUACUGCUUCUGAGAUCCUGACAGCCAAAUCUCAUCAUUAAGGGCAACAGUGUUUAGUUUCAGUGAAAGUCGCUCAGCUGUGUCCACUGUUUGCGACCCCAUGGACUCUACAGUCCAUGGAAUUCUCCAGGGGUUCUUCCCAACCCAGGGAUCGAACCCAGGUCUCCUGCACUGCAGGCGGAUUCUUUACCAUCUGAUCUGAGCCAUCAGUGACACCCCAUAAGAGCAACAGAUGUUGAGAGAGUCUGUGGUAUUACAUAUACUAAACAACAGAGGCUAUUACAUAUUACAGAUACUAAACAACAUCCAGACAGGGCGAGAAUAACCCAACUUGUGAGUUAAGCUCCAUCUUCAGACAUUUAAAGGUGAAAUUCUGUUCCAAACCAUUAGCCAAACAAGAUCCUCUUUUCCAUUUCUAACUGGUGCCUUCCCCCUUUUUAGAAGCAAUGAAAGCUGCUCCGUUGGUUAUAGUCUUCUGACAGAGUGUCAAAGAAGAAGAUAGGAGAGGAAAAUAUUUUAUUUUGCUAAUGUUUUGUUCCCAAACGUGACUGUGAAAUUGAAAUUCUUUCACAUCCUUUCCUUUACUCAUGUCAAGACUGCCAAGUUGGACAUUUGUGCUUUGGGUUUAAAGUUCAUUGAUAUUACACUUUGAUUUUAUCUGAAAAGUAAAAUUAUUUGCUUUUGAUAAAAGACUAGUGCAAGAGCAAAUCAGCUUUAAAAACAAGGAUGUUGUCUGUUUUCCCCUAUUUUGGGCUCUGUUGUUCAACACAGUCUUAAAUUACUGAUCAGAGUGAUAGUUUUAAGUAAGCUUUGUUAUAUCAUUGUCAUAAGCCCCUGUCAUAAGCUGUUUUUGUGUUUUUUAAUGGAAAGAGGCAUGUGGGAUUUAUACAGAUUCACUUGUAAGUGUUGGAUUGGGAUUUUUGUGUAAAUUUUCUCAAAUAAAGGCUAGCAGAAACCA